CUCGGAGCGUGUAAACAAAGUCCAAAGUGAUCGGUAAAUAAUCGCGUUUGAAAUAUCAGGGAUCCUUUUGAAGAUGUCCGCAAGUUUUUAGGCGCCCAUGGAGCCAUGGAGCCGGAGUACUUCUCCUCGGGCACGCACGCCGCCUCCAGCCUCCGCCGAAUGAGGGCGCUGUGCGAGCGGCGCCAGCUGACGGACGUCACGCUGGUGGCGGGGGGAGAGGAGGUGCCCGCCCACCGCGUGGUGCUGUCCGCCGCCUCCGACUACUUCCUGGCCAUGUUUGCGGGCGGCAUGGCGGAGGCCGCCACGGAGCGGGUGCGCCUGGAGGGCGUCGACCCAGACACCAUGCGCGCCCUGGUCGACUUCUGCUACACAGGGAAGGUGGAGCUGGGGGAGGACAGCGUGGAGCGCUUCCUGACGGCGGCGGACGUGCUGCAGAUGCCAGAGGUGGUGGUCGCCUGCUGCCGCUUCCUCUCGGACCGCCUGAGCCCGGCCAACUGCGUGGGGGUGGCCCUCUUCUCCGAAGCAAGGGGCUGCGAGGACCUGCACCGGGAGGCGCACGCCUACCUCCUCGACAACUUCACGGAGGUGGUCGCGGAGCGGGAGUUCCUGGACCUGGAGGAGCGGGAGCUGGAGAAGCUCCUGCGCUCCCCCUCGAUCAACGUGGCGAGCGAGGAGGUGGCCUGGGCGGCGCUGCUCUCCUGGGCCCGCCACCGCUCCGGAACAAGAGGAGGGCGGCGUUUCGGGCGGCUCCUGCCCGCCAUCAAGCUGCCGCUCCUCGACACGGAGGUGCUGCGGGAGGUCCUGAGGGAGCCUCUGGUGGACGGCGAGUGCUGCCGCCUGGUGGCGGAGGCCCUCCUCUGCCGCCUCUCCCCCGGGGACCCCUCCCCGGGGGACCCCUACCCCACCCGGCCCCGGGACUCCACCGUGGGGGGCCUCUUCGUGCUGGGGGGCACCGAUGGCACAGAGAGCUCCCCGAAGAUGGAGAAGUACGAGCUGCGGGGCGACCGGUGGCUCCCCCACGACCGCAUGUCCUCCCGGCGGCUGCAGUUCGGGGCGGCGGUGGUGGGGCGGCGCCUGUAUGCCGCGGGCGGCAGGGACGGACUCAAGACCCUCAACCUGCUGGAGUGCUACGACUUCGACCAGGGGGCGUGGUCGGCCCGGCGCUCCAUGUUCACCCACCGCCACGGACUGGGCAUGGGGGUCCUGGGGGGCCAGCUGUAUGCGGUGGGGGGCCACGACGGCUGGACGUUCCUCAACUCGGUGGAGCGCUGGGACCCGGAGACGAACCAGUGGAGCUACGUGGCGCCCAUGAACACGCAGAGGGGGACGGUGGCCGUGGCACUGCUGGACGACAGGCUGUAUGCAGUGGGCGGGCGUGACGGAAGCAGCUGCCUGCCCUCGGUGGAGUGCUUCGACCCGCACCGCAACCGCUGGGAGCUGUGCGCCCCCAUGGGGGCACGCAGGGGCGGGGCGGGGGCCGUGGCCCUGGGGCGCGCCCUCUACGCCCUGGGGGGCCACGACGCCCCCCUCCUCAACCCGGGCACCUCCCGCUUCGACGCCGUCGAGAGGUUGGAUCCCCGGGAGGGCCGCUGGGGCCCCGUGGCGCCCCUGAGCGUGGGGCGGGACGCGGUGGGAGUGGGAGUGCUGGGGGACCGUAUCCUGGCCGUGGGAGGGUACGACGGGCAGCGCUACCUCAGCAUCGCCGAGGCCUAUGACCCGCGCAUGGACCGCUGGACAGAGAUCGAACCUCUGAGCCAGGGCCGAGCCGGAAUGUGCACUGCGGUCGUCAAACUGUGAGCGGAGAACAGUCGUUUUCAGAGUCCAGUUCGAAAUACAUCCUCGCGAGUGGACGGGUGUCAAAUGAUGUGAUAAAUUAUGCUGGAAUGCCAGGCAAUGAGCCAAUGACAACCAGUUUUAUCCUCCUCUCGACAAUGUCCUAACUGCAUGAGCGUUUUAUCUUUUGGACAAUGGGGUGAACACGUGACAGAGGUAAAAAUGAAUGUCCCUGCAGCCACUGGGAUUGGUCGUGACCCCAAACUGGGUCAUCACUCAACAUCGCUCUUACUUUUGAAAUACAGAACAUCGAAAAUCCAAAGCUUCGAAAAUCUGAUAAAGUUUUUCUGAAUCAACCUUUUUGCUCAGUACACGAAUGAGAGUAACGUUCAGUUAAAAAAAUUUAAUUUCAUAGUGUGGCAUUACGUACGUGUACUGCACGACAUGGAUAUCGUUAUGCAAUAUCUUCGGUACAAUAAUUAUGAUGCCGCUUUAUUUGUUUCAAAAAUCCGAACUGUUUGAAAAUCCGAAAUGCCUAUAGACCGAACUAGUUUGAUGAUCUGCUGUAUACGAAAAUUACUUGGAUGUCUGUCUCCUUAAGGUUUAGAGGGGUGAGACAGAUUGGUAGCACUAUUUACCUGGUCAUACUUCUUAACCAAUCAACGGACUUCAUAACCAAUCUGACGUCAACACUGUACCUCGGGGUCACCUGUUGCUUGGCGAUAUUUUGUCAACUAUUGUCGACAGUGCUGGUAAUUUCUCGCCAAAUUUGGCGACAAAAUCCGAUAAAUAUCGCCAAGUUUGACGUCACCCGAAUGAUGUAUAAGGAUUUCAAUGGCAUACUUUUCCACUUAAACCUGAGGUUCAUCAAGGUAUGGGAAAGUGAUGCAAGACUUAACGGGCUUCUUACGGAUGUCCUGCAUCCAACAUUCCUGGUGUUGGCUUAGAAGACAUUGACAAUCCAGACAGACUCGCACAGAUUUUAAUUAUAUAGAUUAAUUCUGUAUUGAUUGAAUUUUUUCUUAAGUUGUCGUUGAGUUCCUAUUUUGUAAACAAUUGAGAAUAUUUAUUGUGUUACUUUUUAUAAAUUAAAAUAAAUUGU